GAUCCGCAAGAACUUGCGGCAGAGCCGGCUCCUUCACGAGCCGAAGAGGCAACGACUACACGUCCGAGCAUGCAAGAUCCUUCAGCGCCAGAGGACACACUAGACCCCGAGCUGAACAGGGCGGAGCGGUACAGUGACCAAGAGGUCCUCCGGGCACUGCAAAUCUCUGCCGGCGACAGCCGCCGAGCAUGGAAGGAGAUGGACAGAAUCGCCGGAGCCUGGCUGGCCAGUGUGCCGCAAGAAGCGUGGGCCAGUGCAGCAAUCAUGUCCUGA